AAAAUGGGGUAACUUUGUAAUUUCCUCGAUGUAAAAAAAAUUAUAAAAGAAAAUUGGGGUCAGCCGCGGUUCUAUCCGAUUUGAAGGAUUGGUAUGUGUAUUUCGGAUGUUCAUCCCGUAACUUAAAUCAGUCGAGCUACAGAUGUCUACAUAUGUGAGGGGCCAAAAUGAUUGAUAUUUUGGUAACCCAAAGGGUUCUUUAAAUGCGACAAUUUUUAAUAAACUUAUAUGAGAAGUCGACGUAUUUUGUCCAUGAUAACCUUACUUCUAGAAAACUUAUGUCCAUGGUUCAGUAAAUGAGAAGAUUAUAAAUAUCUAUUACAUAUUGAUAUUGAUGCAUAAUGACCAAAGAAGUUGAAUGUACAGCAACAAUGUAUUAUGCUUCUUAGCUUUUACCAGCCCUUUGAAUUACCAAAGUAUCAUUCAUUUUGGUCCCUCACUUAUGUGGACAUCGGUAGUUCGAUUGGUUUGAGUUACCGGAUGAACAUUCAGUAGUAAUCUAUCGGAGGUAGAAAAUUGAAAUUUUAAAAUGAACACCCGGUAGUUAUCUACCGAGGGCACAAAAUAGAAAUUUUUAAAAUGAACAUCUAAUAAUUAAGUACCCGAUGUUUUUUUUUUUUUUUUUUUAAGGAAAGUACCUGAUGAUGCCUGUUGUUACAUACCAUACAUGUUAUUAAAGGGAAUUUCGUAAUUUUAGGGAGCUAAAGAGAUAUGGAGGGGCCUAAAAAGAAACAUUCGAGGUUUUUCACAAGCUUGUUGGGCUUAGCCCAUUAAAAUAGCCUUAUAACCACAAAAGCCCAAAAAAUCAAGCCCAUUGAAAGCACGUUGCGUAAAGCGAAAUUAACAAUUCUCUUGUAUUUUUCUUCUUUAUGUUCUCUGAUUUUGGUGGUGAAUACUUUCUAUUUGCAUAACUAUUUUCAUCUCUGUAAAUAACAAUCCAAUUUGCAUGAAAGCAUAGGAAAAUUGAAUUUGAUCGAUAUUCCAUUUUGUUGAUAACAUGGGAGAUCAAUUAGCAAGAGCAGAAGAUUUUGAGAAUAAGGCAGAAAAAAAGCUGGGUGGUUGGGGCAUGUUUGGUUCCAAAUUUGAGGAUGCUGCUGAUUUAUUUGAUAAAUCUGCCAAUUGUUACAAGCUUGCCAAAUCAUGGGAUAAAGCGGGAUCAACCUACAUUAAGUUGGCAAAUUGCCAUGUGAAGUUGGAAAGCAAGCAUGAAGCUGCCUCAGCUUAUGUUGAUGCUGCACAUUGCUAUAAAAAAACCAAUAUGAAUGAAGCUAUAUCCUGCUUGGAUAAUGCAGUAAACAUGUUCUGUGAUAUUGGAAGAAUUUCUAUGGCUGCUAGGUAUUUGAAGGAAAUCGCUGAAAUGUGUGAGUCUGAACAAAAUAUUGAAAGGGCUCUUGUUUAUUAUGAAAAAUCAGCUGAUUUUUAUGAAAGUGAAGAAGUGACAACAUCUGCAAAUCAGUGCAAGCAAAAAGUUGCUCAAUAUUCUGCUCAGUUAGAACAAUAUCAGAAAUCGAUUGAAAUUUACGAAGAGAUAGCUCGCCAGUCUCUCAACAAUAAUUUGUUGAAGUAUGGAGUUAAAGGACAUCUUCUUAAUGCGGGGAUUUGCCAACUUUGUAAAGGGGAUGUUGUUGCAAUUACCAAUGCAUUAGAGCGAUAUCAGGAGUUGGAUCCAACAUUUUCAGGAACGCGUGAAUAUAGACUUCUGGCGGAUGUUGCUGCUGCAAUUGAUGAAGAAGAUGUUGGAAAGUUUACUGAAGUUGUCAAGGAGUUUGAUAGCAUGUCUCCUUUGGAUUCUUGGAAAACAACACUUUUUCUGAGGGUGAAGGAGAAACUGAAAGCCAAAGAACUUGAAGAGGAUGAUCUUACUUGAAUUGUCCGAGUAUUGUGUCGGUUGGACUUCAAUGUUUGAUUAUAUUUGUCAUGUGUUAUGAUUGUCUAUGUAGUUGUUCAUCUUACAUAUUACUACUGUGAAUUGAAGUGUACUUGCUUUGUGAAUCGAUUGGAGGGGUAUGCUUGAAUACUUGAGAUGAGUUUUGUUGUGAGGUUGCUAAUUGGUACAGUAGCUUGUUUGGAAGGAUGAAAAAAUUGCUAGUAUUGAUGGAUCAUAGAACA